UUUGGAGUUUGGACAUACUCUCACCGAUCGCCGUUAUCUCUCUGACGUGUUUACGACUUGCCAAUUUUAUCUUGUUAAAUGCUAUAUUUCUAUUAUUUAUGUCCCCGAAUCAUCUGUGAUCUGUCUCCCCUCCCACAUUUUACUCUCGAUAACCAGAUCGAAGUGCUCUUAUCGCCCGCCAUCCACGAACUCAAAGCUCCGGAGAUAAACAUCAGGUAUUUUGGAUUUUCGUAAGAUGGAAGUUACAGGGGGCUAAACCUUCUGAAAUUCUAUGGCCUUGACUGUUAUUGGGGCAAUGUUUGGUGGAAGGAACAAUUCAUACAGGAAACUCAAGUUUAUUCCCAAUAGUUCAAUAGAGAGAAGGUCCUCUAGGAGCAGAAGCUCUGACAUGGCAUCUAAACCUGAACAUACAAAACCUAGAAAGUCCUCGUUGUUCACAGUUCAAAUCCUUCCAACCGCAACAUUUUUCAUGCCUUGGUCUCUUAAAAUCCCUAUAGGUGAUGGAUACCAUGAAUUCCUCUAGUUACGUCUAAACAAUCUGAAUCUUAUUUCUGAUCAUUAUUAUAGGGGCAACUUUGAUGUCAUAUGGGAGAUUUGAACAUCUCUUGUGAUUCUUGAAUUGCUCAAUUUUGAGAAUGCCUAGUUUUGUGAGUGGAAAGAAGCGGAACACAGAAUCAGAAAUGUGUUUCUCCACAACAGUCCAGAAAGACCACCAAACACCUUUGAAAAAUAAUCUCCAUUUAACCUCACAGGCACGCAAUGAUAUUUAUAAUCCCAUUUUACCUGGGCUGCCUGAUGAUGUGGCAAAGUACUGCCUUGCACUUGUUCCCCGCAGCAAGUUUCCUACCAUGGGUGCUGUAUGCAAGCGAUGGAGGUCAUUCAUCCAAAGCAAGGAAUUCAUUACAGUGAGGAAACAGGCAGGAAGGCUUGAGGAGUGGCUAUAUGUCUUAACAGGUGAUGCAGAAGGAAAGGGGAGCCAUUGGGAGGUCUUGGGUUGUUUGGGACAUGAACACCUGCUUCUUCCUCCAAUGCCUGGUCCAUUGCAAGCUGGAUUUGGGGUGGUUGUCUUAAACGGAAAGCUGCUGGUUAUGGCAGGUUAUUUGGUGGAUGAAGGGGCCGGAUGCGUCUCUUCAGAUGUUUACCAAUAUGAUUCUUGCCUCAACAGGUGGAGCGCAUUAGCAAAAAUGAAUGUGGCACGCUAUGACUUCGCUUGUGCUGAAGUUGAUGGGAUGGUGUAUGCAGUAGGGGGUUAUGGGGCCGAUGGUGAGAGCCUUUCUAGUGCUGAGGUUUAUGACCCUGACAAGAACGAGUGGGAGCUAAUAGAGAGUCUUCGCCGCCCCAGGUGGGGCUGCUUUGCCUGUGGGUUUGAGGGGAAACUGUAUGUCAUGGGCGGGCGGUCGAGCUUCACAAUUGGAAACUCAAGGUUUGUGGAUGUUUACAACCCUGAGCACCACACCUGGUGUGAGAUGAAGAAUGGAUGCGUCAUGGUCACAGCCCAUGCUGUGCUGGGCAAGAAGCUUUUUUGCAUGGAGUGGAAGAACCAGCGAAAAUUGGCCAUCUUCAACCCUGCUGACAAUUCGUGGAAGAUGGUCCCUGUUCCAUUGACAGGAAGCUCAAGGAUUGGUUUUCGGUUUGGGAUACUGGAUGGAAAGCUGCUGCUCUUCUCCUUGGAGGAGGAACCUGAGUACAGAACCCUGUUGUAUGAUCCAGAUGCUGCACCAGGUUCGGAGUGGCAGACCUCAGAAAUCAAGCCAUCGGGUGUGUGUUUGUGCAGUGUGACAAUCAAGGCAUGAAGGGGCGUGUAAGCCCAUAGUCUAAAUAUUUAUUAGUAUUAGUAAUGCAAGUCCAAGUUUGCUGGAAUCUCUUUCAUUUCCUGACCUAAUUAAGACAUCAUUGUGGAUUGACGGUUAAUGCUUUGUUUGGUCUGGCUUAUUAUGCAUUAGGGAAUCAUGUUCCUGGUGUGGAGUUCGUUUGGGUCCAACGCCCAACAUCUCAAUCAAUCAAGCCUUCUGUUGUGAUAACUAUUUUUGGAUGAGAAAUGGGUGAAAAUUCCAGUCUAUUUAUGCCAAACAGACAUUGAAAAAGUUAGUUA